AUGUGGGAAGAAGUGGAUUGCUGUCUAAAAGAGAGAUGUUCAAACAAGGCUUUCUUCAUGGUACUGGUAGUCCUGUGUCUGCCUGCAGUGGUGAGGAAUGCUCCAGUUGCUACCUGCAUUGUCUCUGACCCUCUUCCUAUUCUUCACAAGUUCUAUCAGUCAGGAGACCUCCUCAUCAUUGGCAUCAUUUCUCAGAUCUAUGUAUUCUUCACUCCAGCUACUUUUGAAAAAUGCCCCUCUUCUGAACUUUAUGAUGAUGUUCUCCAUUUUCAUCCAAGAUGGACUAUCCAUGCUUCAUUGGAACUUCUUUCCACACAGAACCGAUUCAUCCCGAAUUACAAAUGUGACAACCAGAACAACCCAUUUGCAGUAAUUGGGGGACCUAAUUCUGAUGUCUCUCUCCACAUGGCAAUGAAUUUGUGCAUCUACAAGAUUCCACAACUCAUAUAUGGCUGCACUCAGAUGAUGAAAAAUGACAUGCAAGCUGGUUUCCUCUACUCGAUAUUUCCCAAAAGGGCGCAUCAAUAUGAGGGGAUUCUCCUAUUACUCCUGCAUUUUGGGUGGAUAUGGAUCGGGGUGUUUCAUCUGUAUGAUGAAAAUGGAGAGGUUUUUCUACACGACACAUUGGCCAUGUUUUCUGAGAAAGGCAUCUGUUUUGACUUUAUAGAAAGCUUCCCAACACUGAAAGGUUCCAGUGGCAUUGAAGAAACAGUAGGGGAGGUUGUGGAAUCAAUGAACAUUGUAUCCAGAAGCACUGCUAAUGCAUUGAUCAUAUACGGUGAAAUACAGACCAUGCUCGUUCUCAUACUAAUGCACAACUUUGCAGAAUCGGAGAAUAUGUCAAUUAAGGAAAGAGGUAAAAUCUGGAUUAUGAUUGCUCAGAUGGAUUUCACAUCACUUAGAUUUCAAAGAAAUGCAGAUCUGCACUUCCUCCAUGGGGCUCUUUCCUUUGCAUUGCACUCAAAAGAAGUGUUAGGAUUCCGGCAGUUUCUUCAGAUGAGAAACCCCAUUUCAGAGACAGUUGAUGGCUUCCUCAAGGUCUUUUGGCAAGAUGCAUUUAAUUGCCAGUUCCCUGACUUCACUGCAGAUGAGGAGAUUGAGGAACUCUGCACUGGGGAUGAGAAUUUGGAGAUUCUUUCUUCAUCCAUUUUUGAAAUGACCAUGACUGGUCACAGUUACAGCAUCUACAAUGCUGUCUAUGCUGUGGCACAUGCAUUACAUGCCAUGCAUUCAUCUAAAUCUAAUCAAAGAGGAAGGGUGGAUGCAGGUAGACAGAAGCUCCGAUGUCAACUGCCAUGGCAGCUCCAUCAUUUUCUGAGAAGUGUAUCAUUUAACAACAGUGCUGGGGAAAUGAUUUCCUUUGAUGAAAAUGUGGAAUUAGUAAUUGGAUUGGAUAUUAUCAACUGGGUCACAUUCCCAAACCACUCCUUUCUUAGGGUCAGAGUUGGAAAGAUAGAUCCGGAGGCUCCCCCAGGCCAGGUGUUGGCCAUUCAUGAGGAUGCCAUUCAAUGGCCCAGAAGAUUUAACCAGGUAUGGCCCCUUUCUGUGUGCAAUGAUCAUUGCCAUCCUGGUUAUAGUAGGACAAAGGUGGAAGGGAAGCCAUUUUGCUGCUAUGAAUGCCUUCCAUGCUCAGAGGGGAAAAUCUCAAGCCAGAAAGACAUGGCUGACUGCAUCCAAUGUGCAAAAGAUCAUUAUCCGAGCAAUGAGCGGGAUUUUUGCAUUCCCAAGGCCAUCACCUUUCUGACUCAUGAAGAACCUUUGGGGAUCAGUUUGGACAUUUUUGCUCUGUCCUUUACUUUUAUUACAGCUUUUGUGCUUUGGAUCUUCAUUAAGCACAAGGACACUCCCAUUGUCAAAGCCAACAACUGGGCCCUCUCCUACACCCUCCUCAUCUCCCUCCUUCUCUCCUUCCUUUGUGCUUUGUUGUUCAUUGGCAAGCCUGAGAGUAUCACAUGUCUCCUUCGACAAGCUGCUUUUGGCAUUCUCUUCUCUGUGGCAGUUUCUUGCACCUUGGCCAAAACUGCCCUUGUGGUUCUAGUUUUCAUGGCCAUCAAGCCAGGGUCCAGCAUAAGGAAGUGGGUGGAGAAAAGGUUGGCCUACUCCAUCGUUCUUUUCUGCUCUCUCAUUCAAAUCACAAUUUGUACAGUGUGGCUGGCAACACUUCCACCAUUCCCAGAUUUAGACAUUUACUCCAUGACUAAAGAAAUGAUCCUGGAAUGUAAUGAAGGCUCCACUGCCAUGUUUUAUUCUGUGCUGAGCUUCCUGGGCCUUCUGGCUACAGUGAGCUUAAUUUUGGCUUUCUUGGCCAGGAAGUUACCUGACAGUUUUAACGAAGCCAAGUUUAUCACCUUCAGCAUGUUGGUCUUUUGCAGCGUUUGGUUGUCCUUUCUUCCAGCCUACUUGAGCACAAGGGGAAAAUACAUGGUAGUUGUGGAAAUAUUCUCAAUCCUGGCCUCCAGUUCAGGAUUGCUCUUUUGUAUCUUUUUGCCCAAAUGCUAUAUCAUUGUGAUGAGGCCUGACUUGAAUCAAAGGGGGGAGUUAAUCAGAAGAAAGAAGAAGACUCUA